AUGACGAAUCUCGGCCAUGGCUUUUCCUUUGACAGGCACAACAAACCCGACUCCACCGGCCCUUCGCUAAAUCCCUCGUCGCCUGGCUCCAUGUCCACCAACUUGACCCAACAUAGCGAGUUCACUCCGUCAUCGCACGUCUUCCACAGCCCUAGAGUUGCCCCUGUUCCACAGCUGUCGCGUCUGGUCCAGGACUGCCAUGGCAAGCCCAUGUGCAUUGGCAACGCGGCGAAUCUGGCCUUCCUCCAAGUCAUCCGCCGCAUAGUCCACGACUCCCUGGGCUACUCUGCGCUUUGUGACAAGCCACCCGUACAGACCCUUCUGGACCAAAGUCAACAUGUGGCAGCUCCCUCCAGCAGGUCAAAGUCCAACUGGGCCAUUGAUGUAGCGCUUCAGCCACCUGGCAAACCCGAUUCAUUCGAGGUCGACUAUCUCCUAUGGUGGUAUCUACGUGCUACAAAUUGCAUUGUCUAUCUUUUCGACGCCUCACAACUCCGUCUGGGUCUGUUGAGCUGGCUACAGAAUGACGAGGAUGGACCAGAGCGAGACACGAGCACGAGCGCCGUCUUCUUCCUCGUCCUCGCAGUUGGCGCUCAGGCCGCUCCCGACGAUAGAGAAGCUAUCGCUGAGAAGUACUUUAAUUAUGGGCGGUUCUUAACCAUGUCGCAUCUCAUGGAAGAACCGGCCAUCUCUACCAUCCAGGCCAACGUACUCAUCGCCGUGUACCUCCUCGGAGCCUCACGGUCAGACGCCGCCUCCAUGUAUCUAGGUGCUGCGAUCCGUGCGGCCUAUGCCCUGGGUGUUCAUCGACUCGACAUCAACAAGAGUUUUGAUUCAUCAGAGUAUGUCCUGCGGGAGCGCUUGUGGAAGGUCCUACGGAUACUCGACCUCUUCCUAGGCGCAUCGCUUGGCCGUUCACCGUCGACGUACGAGACACGGAAUACAGGGGCCGAGGCUGAUUACUCGGCCGCCAACGAUUUAUGCGCCAUCUUUGAGGUCAUUCUUACCCAGGUCUACUCGAAACCUAGGGUAUCAACUGUCGUGGUACAGCGUAUCAGCCAAUAUCACCGACAAUGGGCUUCAAGAUAUUCUACUGGAUUAGCCAACGACGCCAUUCCACCAGGAGAGAUCCAAGAUAUGGGCGAGGGGAAGAGAGCACCUAAUAUCAGCUUCUACCACCUUAUGCAAGCCUACUACUGGACCAUCAUGCUGAUCACACGGCCUUCGUUAAUCGACACUGUAUCCAGGCAUACAUCCAAUGCCACGGUAGAAUCGGGCUUAGAUGAAGUUACAACCUCGACUCGCUUAUCCAACCAGGCCUUAGCCCAUGCGUCCGUCGACGCAGCAAUCCGCACCGUGGCCCUACUACGCGGGCUGAUUUCAACCGUAGCCGUGCCGAAAAGGCUGCCCAUAGUGGUCAACUGCUUGUUCGUCGCUGCCCUAGUGCUCGGGCUGGCGCAAUUUGGCGACCUGGACCGCAUGUUUCCCCUCCACGAGCAUCUUCUGGACGCGCGAACGUUGCUUCUACUGUUCAGCCGGCAUGAUGCCGUCGCUAGGAGUAAUCUAGCCGCUGUGGAUGAGCUCCAGGCCGCAUGCGACUUGUACCGCGAGAGGAGGGAGCGCCGCAAAAUGGAACGGCAAAGCCUCCUCUUCAGGGGGUUAUUUGGGACUUGCGACGCCAAUUUUGGCACCCAGUUGCCGCUUCAUGGAGGAGCCACCGUAGACGGACUGCGGCAGCUCGUCUGGCCGCCUGCAAUUGGCCCUGCGCCUGUCACAGAUGUGCACCAGUCUUCUGGCUCGGACCAGGGCAAUUUUCUCAGCCCCGUCGGCUCUGAGACUCAGUCGUUGAUAGACAUAGGUCAUGUGCUCUCGGACAUGGUGCCUGGGCUUGGACCCUUGUCAGACAUCAUCUUGCCUGUGUCGCCAGGGACAUUAAUGGUUGAUUCCUUGGACAAUAUUCUCCCGCUUCCCACCGUGGACACCAGGGUGUACUCCCUUGAGGAAGGGUUGACCGAUGACGGCGUCAUACAAAACGACGAUACCUGA